UCGACGACCGAAACGGAAGGGCUUAUCGUUAUAACCCCCCCCCCCCGGGGCCGUAAAGUUUCUCGCCGCAGAAACCGAAGUACCGCGUUGAAAGUGACGGCGAGGGGAAACCAGCAGAAACUCGGCUCGCCGGAUGUCGCGUUAGCCGGCUAGGCUAACGUUAGCGUGCUAGUUAGCGCCGAACUGAGAGCGCGAGGUUGACGAGUCAACCGUGUUAGCUAGUUUUAACCGUUAGCCUUUCUGCUAACGAUGUGAAAGAUGGACCGUUCCCCUCUCUCUCUCGGCGGCAGCCCCGCUUUGACGAUGCAGCACACGUAUUUCCAAAUGUGACACGGGUGGGGAACGGAACGCGAGCUCGUAACGCCGAGCUGCGGCUUUGCGACGGUGGUGGAGCCGCUGGGCGCGUCAGCUAGACGUGACGGUUUACGGUAGUGGAGUGACGGUUUACGGUAGCGGGGUAACCCUUUGCUCGACUGCACGGCGCGGUCUUCGCCUCAUUUCAGCCAAACGCCCCGCUUUUCAAACAGCCCGCGUCCUGGCCUGCGGGUCGCCGAGGUUGCUCACGCCGGACGCGCAAGGGGGUCUCUUUGCGGGCCGGGCACGAUGAGAAACACGCCGCAUUAAAGCUGUGUGUGUGUGUGUGUGUGUGUGUGUAUGUGUUUGUUGUCACAUGUGACAGGUGAUCGAUAACCCUCGUGGUUCUGAAACAUAUGCAUCUGCAACGGUGAACGGGAAACGAGCCAGCAUGGGAGAACGGCUGACCUUCCGCACGCCGUGUGCCAGAGUUACGUGAGCGUCACCCUUCCUCCCCCCGGCGAUGGAUAACGAGAAGGGCCAGAGGUGUCAAGGAGGGAACCUUGCCUCAGCUGUGGAAGAGUCUCUGGAUGAAUAUUUAAUUGCUCUCCAGCAGAAAAACAGGAUCCUAAAGCGGCUUAAAACCAAAGACCCCAGAGAGAUUGAGCUGGAACAGCUGGAGCAAGGCUUCUCCAUCUACGUGAACGGAGCCAAUGCCGAGGCCUGCAGCAGACCGCUCCAGAGACCCAGCCACAAGUCCCUCGCCUCCCCGCCACCCGCUCGGAGAUCUCCACACACCGCGGAUGCCUCUGGAAGAGGCGCCCACCAGCUAACCGGGGUCAGCAGUAAUCUGGAACAGGCCUCUGAGCAGAGGGGCCACUCCGCCCCGGGCAAAGUCCAGAGGAGAGAAUGGGUACAGGACUCGGUCAGGAUUUGGACGGAGGAAGGACCCCGUGUGAAAAUAUCCCCAGAGAAGUGCUACGUCAGUGAUUUUGAGCCUUAUGACAGUGUGGACAUGGAGAGCUCCAGUCCUCGCUCCCCGAGGGACUCCUGCAAGCAGUCCCGCUCCUUCAGCUCCAGGGCGGAGGGCCGAGGAGGUCGCGCAGAUGCGGAGCACAGCGAGAAGGUCCUGCUCAACCUGGAGGAGGUGAAGGUCCUGCGUCGGAGUCUGGAGGUAACCAUGCGCCGGAGCAGCCGCGACUCGGCAGGGGAGGAGUCCGAUGAGGAGUGGGUGGAGGAGCAGAUUGAGAGGGAGGAGAGCACAGAGAGCCUUGAGGAGCUGGGGCUACCUCCCCCAUCCGCCAAGGCUUCCUCAGCCACCUCCUCCUCCCAUCACCGCCCUCGAGCCAGCAACUCUCUGAGCCAUUUCGACCCAGCAGACCUCAUCGUGCUGGAGUUUGGACCUUCCGCUAAAGAUCAAAAGAUUGAGCGCUGUCUGUCCGCUAAGAGGAGAGACAACAUCGAGGCCUACAUACCCACCAAGCCUAUGCUGGUGAAGAGCAAAACACUGGACAGGCCUCCCUCAAAGGAGGGGCACAGGAGUCUUAUUGAGCGACCGCUGUCAGCGCUCCGGAAGGCCUCCACUGACGAGCGGGACCUGGAGGAGGUGGCGAGCCAGGUACUGCAGGCCAUCCAGAGGGAGAACAGCCUGCUGAAGAGCCCGGAGCUCCGCACAGCCAGCCGCAACACGGGCAGGGCUCAUCAGAUGGUGAAUGGAUUGCUGUGCGAUGACAGUCGUGACAAAGACGAGAAUGGCGUCACCAAGGCCAUGCAGAGAAUCACACUGAUGGGACCAAGGCAACAGCAGAAACUGCUGAAGGUCCUGGAGAAGCUAGGAGCUGGCCCCAACUAUGACGUCCCUCAGCUGGUCAAAACAGACAACGGCAAACCACUGAGAAGGCGGUCCCCUUCAGAUGUGAUGCCCGCACUGUACGUUACAAUGGAGAUCCUGUCAAACUGGGGGAACGCCCUGCAGGUGGGGCUGACCGAGAUGCAGUUCUUUUGCAUGCGAAACAGGAAGUUGUACGUGUCGCCCCACGACCUGGACAUCAGAAACGCUGACUUCCCCGGCAACCUGGGAGCACUGGUUAACGGCAAGGCCAAGACCACCAAGGAGCGUCACAUGUGGACGUGUCCGUUCCACCCGCCCAUCCAGCUUUACUUCAUCAUCAGAAAUGCAGAGUGCUCGCCAGACUUUGGAAUAUCCCGCAUCAAAAUCUGGAACUACAACCGCAGCAUCAACGAGCUGGAUGUGGGGGCGCGUCAUGUGAAGCUCUACCUGAACAGCACGCUGGUGUUCGAGGGCGAGCUGGAGAAGGGCUGUGGCAACCAAGUCUUUGACUACAGCACCACCGUUGACCUCCAGGCUUUCCACGUCCCAGAAUCCUUCACUCCCAGCCCCGUGUCAUCAGGUCACAGUCUGAGGGGCACCAGCCCCCAGCGCCAUGACGACAGGAGGGCCCUGGAGGGUGGCAGCGCACAGCGGGACCUCAGUUCAAACCCCUGGGCGUCAGAAGGGCGUUGCCCAGUUCGGAUAGACAUGCAGGACAAAACACACACGCCACUCCCACCCAUCACCCCGUCCCCGGCACCUGGCCCCUCCUCCACCCUGUGCUCCCCCCUGCAGAGGAACUCCUUUGACCUGCCUGCUUCAGAGGAACCGCUUGCUCUUAUGCAGCAGCUGGAGCAGCUGCCAGCAUCCGUGGAGCGCACAGUCACCACGCAGCCCUCCUCCUCGCGAGGAGCCCCGCAGUGGCUGCAGCCCCUGACCAGGGGAGCCCCCGAGGGCUGUGAGGUCCAGAGGGAGAGGGAGAGGCCGCUGUGGUUGGUACCUCAGCAGUCUAUGGAGCCCAAAGCCACCACCUCCUCCUCUUCCAUGCUUCCGGAGCUGUCGUGUAACCCAGGCCGGGUGUGCAGAGGGGCAGACAGGACAGUGAACGGGGGGCAGUGGAGGGCUGACUCUCUGGACAUGGGCUGUGACCUGCUGGAGGGGCUCGGGGAGCAGAGGGCUGACAGGCCCAUUAGCGGGCGCAGGGGCUCCGCCCGGAUUCCCGCCCCGACGGCCAGGCUGACAGAGGAGCAGCAGCAGCCUGGAACCACUGCAUCCGCAGAGGAGCCAAUGUCACUGGUAACUACCAGCAGGAGGCAGCGUACCCCACGGGCCCAGCUGUACAGCCAGCAGGAUGAUACCCUCAUGGAGUCCUGGGACUCCCUCACCAAGUUCAACCAGUGCCAGCGUGGGCGCAUCUCCAACAUGGGCUUCGAGGGAGACAUCUUCGAUGAGUUCCUCCAACGGCAGGCCCAUGGCCCACCGGCAGUCCCGGUCAACAACACUUCUGUGGCCCCGCAGAGCCCUGUCUCUUCCCUGGACCCCCAUGUGGGUUUAUGUGAAGAUGCAGAGGAGGAUCCGUUGAUGGAGCGAGAGGAGGAGUUUGAGAUCCCAGUGCUGCCGGGGGGCCAGCAGCUGGUCAUCAAUAUCCUGUCCACCUGGGGCGACCGCCACUAUGUGGGGCUCAACGGCCUGGAGGUGUUCAGCUCCACCGGACAGCCCGUCCGGCCCGUCCACAUCAGUGCCGACCCCCCGGACAUCAACAUCCUCCCGGCCUACAACAAGGACCCACGCGUGGUCGCCAACCUGAUAGAUGGGAUCAACCGCACCCAGGACGACAUGCACCUGUGGCUAGCGCCCUUCACACCAGGGCGAUCCCACAUGGUGUUCCUGGACUUCGGAGCACCCUGCCAGGUGGCCAUGAUCCGCGUAUGGAACUACAACAAGUCCCGCAUCCAUUCCUUCAGAGGGGUGAAGGAGGUGGAGAUGCUCCUGGAUGGGAGGUGCAUCUUCAGGGGGGAGAUCGCCAAGGCAUCAGGAACCCUGUCUGGAGGACUGGACCAGUUUGGGGACACCAUCCUGUUCACCACAGACGACGAGAUCUUGGAGGCCAUGUCUUGUUAUGAUGAGACCUUCCAAAGCGAGGGCGGAGGUGCCGACAGCCUGGUGUACGAGGAGGAGCUGCAGAGACCCCGCACGGCUGACGGAGAAGGAGAGGAGAGACCCUUCACGCAAGCCGGCUUCAGAGAGGAGGACUUCACCAUGAAACUCCAUCUCCACCCAGCGAAAAGCCAGUCUGAGGACUCCAUGGAACAAAUUCCUGGCAUGUACACUGGGAAGUGGCUCAGGCUGGAGCUGGUGAUGACCUGGGGGGACUCCCACUACAUGGGGCUGACUGGGCUGGAGGUUGUGGGUAAGGAGGGGGAGAGCCUACCUUUGGACCUCAGCAUGAUGGCCGCCUUGCCCAGGGACCUCAACGACCUGUCUGAGUACGGGCAGGACCUGCGCACACUGGAUAAACUGAUAGACGGUCACAACAUCACCACAGAGGAUCAGCACAUGUGGCUGAUCCCUUUCUCCUACGGGGAGCCCCACACCCUCACCUUCACCUUUGAAAAGCCCCAAACCAUCGCCGGGCUCCGUGUCUGGAACUACAAUAAGUCUCCAGAGGAUUCCUACAGGGGGGUUAAGCUGGUCCAUGUGUUCAUGGAUGACGUCGCCAUCUCCCCGCCCGAGGGCUUCCUCAUCAGGAAGGGGCCGGGAAACUGUCACUUUGACUUUGCCCAGGAGAUUCUCUUCAUAGACUUCCUCCAGACCCCCACCGCUGAUAGCAAGACCGCAGAGGACUACUCGCUCAAGGGAGGCGCUAAGAAACAAGAGCAGGCAAGCAUGGACUACGAAGCUCCCAUCAUGCCUUGCGGAUUUAUCUUCCAGCUGCAGCUGCUGACCACUUGGGGAGACCCCUACUACAUCGGGCUCAACGGCAUCGAGUUUUACGACCAGAAGCACGAGAAGAUCGGCCUCAGCGACAACAACAUCGCUGCCUUUCCAGACAGUGUGAACGUCCUGGACAGUGUGAAUGGAGACGUGAGGACUCCAGACAAACUGGUGGACGGUGAAAACAGCACCUACGAUGGAAGGCACAUGUGGCUGUCCCCAGUGCUGCCUGGACUGGUAAACCGUGUGUACGUCAUAUUUGACCAGCCGGUGACGGUCUCCAUGAUUAAACUGUGGAACUACUCCAAGACACCCCAGAGAGGAGUGAAGGAGUUUGGGCUGCUGGUGGAUGACCUGUUGGUGUAUAACGGCAUACUGGACAGCGUCAGCCACGCAGCGCGAGGCAUCCUGCCGACCUGUGACCCCGUGGUGCCAUACCACACCAUCCUGUUCACCGACAACGCCUACAUCGCCCAUCGUGAGCGCAACACCGUCAUCAGUAACCACGUGGAGGACCAGGAUGUGAAGAUGACCAAUGAGAAUCAGAUAGUCCAUCACAACAAGAAGAAGCCGACAGCAGAUCCGGCUCUUAGACCCAAAACCUGCAUGACAGACAGUGGGAAGCAGGGAAAGAGGAGGUACUGACACACUGACUGACGGCAGAACAGACAGGCCGACCUGGAUUCAAGUCACGCUGCUCUCACAGAGGGUAGAGAACUGAAG